CCGACGAAUGUUGAUGGAUUGUUGGAAUUCAUGAGCCAAGUACAUUGCUUGUAUCUACAGCAGAGAAACAUCAUGAAGCCUAUUGUUGUGCAUUGCAGCAAUGGAUCAGGUCGUACAGGUACCUUCACAGUAAUUUAUACAGGUGUGGAAGAAGUAAAUAGAGGUCACGGGGUCAUCGAUGUUUGUGACGUCAUUAAGCAGAUGAGGUUGCAAAGAAAAUAUUUCGUCCAGUAUGACAGGCAGUUGAAGUUCUGCUACCAAGUUAUAUUGGCCCACUGCUUCAGUGUCCUCAAAAAAUGUUACUCUUAUUUUGGGCUGUUUUAA